AUGUCUCCUUCACAGUCACCACGAACCGAAAACGACAGCGUGUUUUUCCGAGAGGAUGUCUUCUUGCAAGACUUUCUCAAUGAGACUUCUGAUCCAGAGUUAAUCAACGAGACGUCAAGAAACAACAAGACCAUGGAUCGCGACUUGAAUCUUCCCGAGUUCACGACGUGGACCCUGACCAAGAUCGUCAUCAUUUGUAUCCUGUUUGUCAUUGCGGCCAUAGGCAACUUGUUCAUGGCCCGAGCGACGUUGCGGCUGCGGCGCAGGUCCGGCAUCUACCUGCUGUUACUGCACCUGUCGGUAGGGGAGCUGCUGGUCACGUGUAUCACCAUGCCGUCCGAGGCCAUCUGGGCCUACACCGUCUCCUGGUGGGCGGGAGAUACCAUGUGUAGGAUCCUAAUGUUUACCACGCAGAUGCUGGGAUUGUACCUGUCCACUUACAUCACUGUGUGCAUCAGUCUGGACCGAUGUGUUGCCAUCGCAUUCCCACUCAAGAAGGGACAGGCUCCCGAGAGAGCUCGGAGCAUGGUCAUCGUGUCCUGGGCGCUCAGCCUCAUCUUUUGCAUACCGCAGGCCGUGAUUUUCCACGUGGAGGUUCACCAGUACGUACCGUCGUUCCACCAGUGUGUGACGUACAACUUCUACUCGGCAGAGUGGCAGGAGGACCUGUACAACAUGCUGGUGUUCGUGGUCAUGUACCCGGCACCCAUGGUCAUCAUGGUCGCCUGCUACGUCUGCAUCUUCGUCAGCCUCUUUAGGCACUGGAGGGGAACUAACAACCUGGAGACUGGCAACAAGACCGGUCAGCGGGAACGCCUCUUCUCCAAGGCCAAAGUCCGGACCCUACAGAUGGCCGCCGGCAUCCUCACCACCUUCUUCGUCUGCUGGACUCCCUUCUACUGCGUCAUGAUGUGGCACCUCUUCUUCCAGCACGAGUACCCGAUCAACCAGAUCAUCUUCGACGUGCUGUACCUGUUUGGGGUGUCCAACGCCUGCGUUAACCCCGUGGUGUACGGUAAGAGCGUGGUGACGAGGAAACCCGGGAAGUCGUUUCUGGUGAACUGGUACCAGGCUUGUUUGGAGCCUGAAGAGUAUGCCAGGAAACUGGACUCUACCAAGGCGGCUGCGUGUACCCGACUGUCGUCCCUUAGGAGAAGUGAGCAGCGGGACCGGAUGAACAGCCUGACGCCGACGGUCUACGUUGAAGUGAGUCGCAGGAAUUCCUCAAGAAUUGUGACUCAGGACCAACUAUCUGGGAGUAGGGUAUAGUAACCGAUAUAUAGAGGGGACCUUAUCUGUGUUCUUUAUACAAAACGUGAAGAUGCAUAUGUCCAGAGUUCUGCCAAAAAAAAUUGGAAAUAUGUACGCAAGCAUCUACUUUAUGCACAAUAUAGCACUGUAAGAUGAUGUAUUCUCUUGGUGUUGGUGGCAAUGCUUUGAUGCAGUGAUGUGUGAAUCUAUUGAAAACAAUGAAGGCUUUUACUGCUGCAUUUAUAUUGUACUUAAGGAAAAUAAGGACUUAUGUCAAAGGAUGAUAUGAUACACACACACA